AUGCUUCUCAUUACUGACAGGAAUUGCAAUGCCAUCUGGCCUCAAUCUGAUUCAUUUACCGAUGCUUCUGGUAGUGCUACUAACUCUGAUGAAAUUCAUCUUCUAAACCAUGGCGAUGAAUUGCAAGAAAGUCUAGUGGACACAACUUCAGAAUCCAGUGGACACCAUCCAGACCAAAUUGAAGUGAUCGAGAGCAAUGAUGAUGAUCUUCAAUCAGUUGAAAGACUCUAUGAUGACUUGGGUCAGUUCAUUGAUGCGACAAUUUCAGCUGCAGAAAUAACUGCUAAACUGAAAGAGAUGAGUGAUGCUCAGACUUUGCAUUUGCUUCAAAAGCAUUAUCGACCAGACUCGAGGUAUGCUUUUCCAGCUGUCUUCGUGAAUGGCUGUAAUCGUUCUUUUAAGUAUUCUUGGAUUGAAAAGUACCCAUGGAUUGUCUAUAGUGCAAGGCUUGAUGGUGUCUUCUGUAUUUACUGUGCCCUCUUUAGAAAGGACCGUAGCAGUAGAGGCUCCAUUGUAAAUCUGCCAUUCACCAAAUGGACACGAUGUUCUCAUGUUUUCAAGGAUCAUGCGACUUCAAAACCACACAUUAAUGCUAUUACUGAUUCUGAAAUAUUUCAAGAGCAUUUACUGCAUACAGAUAGAGUGGUACCAGUACUUCUGGAGAAGAAAAUGGAGAUGAUACGUGAAAACCGAGAAAUAUUGUCAUGUAUUGUUGAAGCAAUUGUCUUUUGUGGGAGGCAGUGUAUUGCCUUAAGGGGAGAAGCAGAAGCAGAUGACCAGUCAGGAAACCCGGGGAAUUUUCUGGCAAUACUUAAGCUAAUGAGUAGAGACAAUGAAGUUCUAAACCAUCAUCUUAAGGAUGCAAGGCAAAAGAAUGGUAAAUACAUAUCUCCCGACAUUCAGAAUCAGUUGAUAAACAUAAUUGGUGAAGACAUCCUACAAGCAACACUUAUUGAUGAAGUUAGACAAGCUAAAUUCUAUUCCAUUAUGGCUGAUGAGAUAACAACGCACAACAAAGAACAGUUAUCGAUAUGCCUCAGGUUUGUUGACAAUGAAAAUAAUGUGCGUGAUUGUCUUGGGAUUUGUCUCUGUGAUCAGAAUUACUGGAGAAGCCUUGGCAUGUACACUGUUAACAACAUUAAGAAACGCAGGCCUACCUGUCGAAAACCUAAGAGGACCAGGUUAUGAUGGUGCUGCAUCGAUGUCUAGCAACACUGUUGGCGUUCAAGCAAGAAUACGCAAAGAAGCCCCAUUAGCAGUUUAUACACACUGUAGCAGUCACUGCCUUAAUCUAGUCCUGGCACACGUCUCUGCAUUAACACCAGUAAGGAACAUGUUGGACAAGUUAAAAGAGACAUCAUUAUUCUUCAACAGCAGUCCUAAGCGCGAGGCCCUCCUAUCGAGCAUCAUUCGGACUUGCAAUCCCCAUGAUACAUCAAGAAGGAAGUCUCUGCUAGACCUCUGCAAGACGAGAUAGGCAGAACGACACCGAGCGUACCAGCACUUCUACCAGGCAUAUAUCUACAUAGUGAAAUGUUUGGAAGUUAUCGCUCAUGGCCUGCAUAACGAUGAAGGUUUCGAUGCAGAUUUGGCUCAGAAUGGUAACUGGGAUAGAAACAGCAAGGCCAGGGCAUCAUGUCUUCUCAAUUCCCUGUGUGAUGUUCAAUUCAUCGUUACCUUUACGUGCUGUUUCGAUGAUCGAUGGAGUAAAGGAAGAGUACAAGGAAAUAAGAAAUGAUUUCGAUAGCUACUUUGAAGGAGUGUACCAGCAUGCUGUUUCUGUAGCUGCUUCAGUUGGCACUGAACCAACAGUACCACGGGUUGCGAAAAAUCAGAUGCACCGUGACAAUGCCGUGUCAAGUAGCCCUUUGCAGUACUAUCUAAGGCAUACUGCAAUUCCAUUUAUCGAUCAUAUCAUUGCAGAACUUGAUAGCCAAUUCUCCGAUGUUUCUAAGGCCUCGAAGUUAUUCGCACUUGUUCCAAGUGUGUUUCUAACCAAGGAUAUCGGCUACGCGGACAUCAAAGCUUGUGCCGAGUUGUAUGACGAUGACUUGCCUUGCCCAGAAGUUCUGGAAGAAGAAUUAAUCGGUUGGCAAAUGAAAUUUAAGAAGUUGCCAGAUUCUGCACAAAUUCCCAACAACUGUGCAGAUGCGCUUAAGCAGUGUAAUGAAGUGCAAUUUCCAAAUAUGUUUUAUUCUUCUCAAGAUCGCCUGUGUCAUUCCUGUGACAUCCUGCAUUUGUGAACGUAGCUUCAGUGCCAUGAGAAGGCUCAAUAACUACAUGCGGUGCAGCAUGGGUCAAGAUCGGCUAACCUCCCUUGCAAUGAUGCACAUACAUUAUGACACAGAAAUUCCAACCAGUAGUGUAACUGACAUAUUUUGUAGGAAACAACCUAGAAGAAUGCAGUUUACUAGCAUUAUCCAUGCUUAAUAACAAGACAUACAAAUCUGUUUCAAAGUUCUUUAUUUUACUGAUUCUGUCUUAAGAAAUUACAGUAUGGUACAAAAUCCAAAGUGAUGCAAGCCAUUUAUGUUCAUGGUUGGUUGUAACCCUUUGGAGUUUAUAUCAUACUAGGAUUAUUGGUGCAUGACCCAUGGUUUUUCUCUAUUGUUAUUAAAAAAUCUCAACUAAUUGCCUGUUUUUUUUAUAUAUUUAUUGGCCUAUGAAAUCAAUUAAAUAAGGCCUGUAACUGUCAAAAAUGCUGGGGCUUCAAGGGGGCUUUGCCCCCUUAACCCCCACCAGGGGCUUUGGCCCUGGACCCCACCGGGGUCCCUAGGCAGCCCCCAGCCAAGUGUUGCUCGCUACGCUCGCCAGUGCCCUUUUAAUAC